GCGCGCAUGCCAGUCUCCCGUUCUUUAGGAGAAGAGAGAAAGGGAGGCUGAUGCGCUCGCGGGGCUGGGCUCUGUCUACGCAUUGGUUGAACGAAGACCUCUGGUGUUUUUUUGGCUUAUAUUUUUAGCAGCGGAGGUCGGACUCGUAUUGCAUCGCGCGUGGUUCAUCUGCAGUGCUGCUGCGCGCUGGAGAACCGCAGUGUGUUGCGCGGUGAACGCUCGAGCUCCGCAUACGUGCCCGCUGCAAUAGCGAAUGAUCUCAAGAAAACACGCAGUUCUGUCUGUUCGCCGAGCGCUGGAUAUCUCAUCUAGGUUUUCUUGUUCUUUUUUUGGAAAUGGCCAGUCCCGGAGACGAUUCGGCUUCAAGUGCCCAGCUGGAUCAAGCUGAAUCUGCUGACGCUACGCCAGAACAAGCGUUUCGAGAGGCUCAAAAAUGGAUCGAGGCAGCGACAGGAAGAAGUUUUGGCGAUAAGGAUUUCAGAAGCGGCCUGGAGAACGGCAUUCUGCUCUGCGAGUUGCUGAGUUCAAUCAAACCAGGCCUUGUGAAAAAGAUCAACAGACUUCCAGCACCCAUAGCAGGACUGGAUAAUCUGACCAUGUUUCUGAGAGGAUGCGAAGAGCUGGGAUUGAAGGGAUCACAGCUGUUCGAUCCUGGAGACCUGCAGGAUACGUCGAUACGAGCGAACUUAUCGGGCUCUGACUGUAGUAGAAAGCUGAAGAAUGUGCUCAUAACCAUAUACUGGCUUGGUAAAGCUGCUAACAGCUGUGCAAUGUAUAACGGCCCCACUCUCGACCUGAAAGAGUUUGAGGGGCUUCUUUCCAUGAUGCGAAAGGAGUGUGUAAAUGAAGAGUUAGAGUCCCCCAAGCGCAGUAUAAGGGACAGCGGUUACAUCGACAGCUGCGAAUCGGAGCGUUCUGAUUCGCUGUCUCCUCCGAGGCACGGUCGUGAAGAUUCGUUUGACAGUCUCGACGAAUCGUUUGGCUCACGAUCACAGAACACACCCUCACCAGACACAGUCAUUCGCUGCAACAGUGAUGACUCUGAAGGUGACGCUGGUCAAAGGAAGUUGCCAGACGUUCGCAAGGAUGACAUGUCUGCCCGUCGCGUGUCCUUCAAAGAGCCUCGCGCAGCUCUACCCUUUAAUCAGUAUCUGCCGAACAAAAGCAACCAAACCAACUACAUUCCUGCCCCCCUGAGGAAGAGGAGGAGCGAGAGAGAGGAAGACUGGAGGAGCCUGAGCAACUCAACAUCUCCUGUAGGAGGAGAAAGACCUCUCAGACAAGAGCGUGUAGAAGUAUUAAAAGAGGGGGCCGUCGAAUCUCGCAGCCUUGCGCUCCAGAAAAAUUUCACCUGGGCGGAUGAGAAAGGGGUAGAGCUUGAGGAGGCAGAGCUUAAGAAAAUGAGGAAGCUGGAAAAGGCGGGAAUUAAAGUAUUACCUGCCUCUGUGCGAUACAAAAGUCCAUUUGUGAAUCCUGUGGAGGCCAGUAAAGCCAAACCACCCUCACCGGACAUCAUUCUCCGACGUGACAAUGAGUUCAUGCGGGCCGCCGCUCCACAUCAGUGGGACUCAAAUGAGGAAGAUGAGGAUGAAGAAGCAGAACGGAAGGUUCCAGAUGUCCAAAAAGAUGAUCUUGCUUCUCGCAGAGCACGCAUGAAUCAAUUUAAACCCAGUGUGGCGCAUCACUUCCUGCCAGGCUCUUGUAGCGGGAAGGACCGAGAAAAAUGGGAGGGAAUCAGGCUGGCAUCCCAACAUGCUGUGUUGGAGAGGAUGGAGAAGAUGGCACAGGAGAAAAGAAGUCAGGCUGACUCCGCCUCCCCUGAGGUGUCAAUCAUAACUCGUAAGGACAACCCUUUCCUGAAUCCUGAAAAAGACAGAGGAAAAGAGAGGGAUGAGGAAGAUAAGAAAGAGGUAGAGGUGAAGAUAGUUGUCCCAAACCCACACAAAGAUGAUCUAGCAAGAAGGCGGACUGGGGGAGGGCCACGCCCUCCCAAAGAUGCUCAUCAGUCAUUGGUCCAGACUUCCAUCACUCAGUCAGACCUGGAGACAUGGCAGAGACUCAAGAUUAAUACAGAUAGCAGUGAGUCUGACUCCACCGGUGCUGAAGUGUCAAUCAUAACCCGCAAGGACAACCCCUUCCUGACCUCUGAGAAAGACAGUGAGUGUAAGCAGGAGAAUAAGGAGGGAACAGACAGAGAGAAAGGGGCGAGGGUGGUGAUGCCUGAUGUAAAGACAGACGACCUGGCCAGAAGGCGGGGCAAAAAUGGGCCUGUCCCACAGAGGGACCCCUGUCAGUCAUUGGCUCAAACUACCAUCAAUCAGUCGGACCUGGAGAAAUGGCAGAGGCUCAAGAUGAAUACAGAGAGCAGCGAUGACCCUAUUGUCCCUCUGUGUCAGACGUGUCUUGAGAAAGGCUGCCACUCUGUUGCCUCCAAGACGAAGGUUGCCAAGAAUGACCUGGCCAGUUGCCAAGAACGUUCCUCCGGUGAACGGAGGCGUUUUGUGACUUUUGGGGGUGUGACAGAGAUGGAAAGUACUUCCUGGAAAGAGGAAGAGGAUGAGGAAGGGGAAGAGGGACAGGGGGAUGAGGCAGGGAAGCUUCGAUAUCUCCUCUCGAUGGCACCUGUUGCUGUGCCCACCAUAGGGCUGGGCUCCAGGCUGACAAAGAGAGCAGCUGGCAGUGGAGAUGCAAACCCUGAGCCUGCUCCUAUCAUGCCCCCUGAACCUCCGAACCCUUUCAUGUUUGACCUUAAACGGCCUUUGACCUCCACCGAGCACAGGGUGCUGGAAGAGGAACUGGCUGAGAAAGUGAAGGAUGAGAGGGAGGAUGAUGAAGAGGAUGAAGAAGAAGAGAGGAAACCGGAUGUAGAAAAGGAUGACAUGCUAGCUCGUAGAAAAGGAGCGUUUCAGAAGCCAGCUAAUGGGACUUCACAUAACCGAUUCCUCCCGCAGCCGGGUUCAAAGAGAGACGGUGCUACAGUGGCUUCCUUAGCCCAGAAAGGAAGUAUUCAGAUGGGCACGAGUGGAGACAGAGACUUCCAAUACCUGGAAAGAAACAUUAAGACAAAGAGAACCAAGAUUGGACAGAGAAAUGAACCAGUCGACCAAGUACCAAAGACACCCGUUCCAGUUGCUGUAGUACCAGAAAAGUGCCCUGACAUCGUACGUUUGUCUGCAACUAACACCAAUCGCCCUGGCAUGUACACUGAUGAUGAGGAAUGUGGGGAUUUUCAGAAGGAUGACAUGCUUGCUCAAAGGACUGGAUCUUACCAAAAGUCAAGUGCAGGACAGGAUUUGAAUGCCUUUUUGCCCAAACCUGUUGCUGUGAAACAUAAAAUCACCCCUGUCGGUGGAUCGCAGUCACACGUCAAGCCUAGAGAGCAAGAGACAGCCCCAUCUCUGGACAGCUUCGCCCUUAGCUCUGUGGCCCCGCCCCCAAGAGAUGCUGAGGACACGCCUAGGAAGUGCCCUCAGAUGAUGGACAGGCAGGAGGCGGGCUCUGUGGGUGUGGUGGGACAUGAAAGUCUUAUUAAAGAUGAGCCUAUUACCAAAAGCCCCUCCCCCAAACCUCACCAACCCUCACGUCGCCCCCUUUGGCAGGAAGAUGAUGAUCUCCCCCCAAUAUUCAGAGCUACUAGUGUUUCUGAAACGGAGAGUGUGAGCUUGAUUGACAUGCGUGAUGAAGAGGAUGAGCUGGCCUACCUUCAGCCGCACAGCCAAUCACGACAUGAGCACCUACACAACCAGUACAACAAACUCCGAGAGGAGGAGGACCAGUGGCAGGACGACUUGGCUCGCUGGAAGAAUCGGAGGCGAAGUGCAUCUCAAGAUUUGAUCAAGAAGGAAGAAGAGAGGAAGAUGAUGGAGAAGCUAAUGUCAACAGAUGGAGGACCCGGCCAUCGCCGGAAGAGCAUCAAGACAUACAGAGAAAUCGUUGAGGAGAAAGAACGUAGGGAACAGGAGCUACAUGAAGAAUACUGUAAGGCCUCCACUCCAGAAGAAAAGGCAGCUGUGCUUCAACGCUAUGCUCUCCGUUUCACCAUCAGUGAUGCCAUACUGGAGAAACUCCAGCUCCCCAAGCUGCCUUCUGCGGCUUCACCGAUGCACACGUCACCUCUCCAUCAGCCCGAGAAGAAGCUGACAUGCACCGCCUUAGCAGAAGCAGAGGAUGUAGAGCCUGAACUAACUACCCAAACACACCACAGUGUCCAUGUGGACCAGAAGACUGCAGAAAAACAGGCACAGGCACAGCCCGAAACCCCCGAGCCAUCAUCUGAUGAGACCACAAACGCUCCAAAAGUCCUGUCAGUGCCUACACCAGUUCCUCCUGUCCCCUCAAAGCCUGUUCCCCUGAUCACCCCAAAACCCUACAGCCAGCCCAAAUUCAGCCAAGGCCUCCGCAAAUCUAUAAAGAGCGAUGGGCUGAUACGUGUGAACGGUGACGGGACUCUGCAAGAGAGCAGAGAGAGGGACGAUAAAGAUUCUGUGUCGUGUCCUCAAGUCGACUUAUCUUCCUCACCUCCAAAUCCAGUUACUCAAAGUCAACUUAAUGAGGAGCUUAUUGCUUUAGAAGCCUCAGACCUCCAGCAAAGCUCACAGACGUCCGUUUCUGACCAGGAGAAAGAAGCCGGAAAGAAGGAAAAAGAGUGUUCUCUUAGUCCUGAGGAAGAGAAAAGCAAAGACAUCUCAACUACACCGUCGCUGUCAGAACCAGAAGGAAAGCAGCCAGGGCCUGACACAGUGAUGAAGCUCAACUGUGUGGUCACAACAACCAUAGUGACAGAACUCACUCAGACACAGACCGUCCCAGCAAAUGACACGUCCAGCACAGAGCAGCUUGAUUCAGACUGUAACUCAUGUGACCUGAGCUCAGCUGCCGAGUCCACCACUGCUGAGCAGACUUCACACUCUCUCUCACUGACAGAGUCCUCACAUUCCUCUAGUAGCUCUAGGUUACGCUGGGAGUUCUUCGCUCCGACAGAAGGGACUGACUACUCCAUGGACUGUAUUGAAACCCCAAUGUUGAACCUUGCAAAAAGGGUUGACCACUGGACGUGGGAUCCUAAUGAAGAGCGUAGACGGCAGGAGAAGUGGCAACAGGAGCAGGAACGCCUGCUGCAGGAGAAAUAUCAGCGAGAGCAGGAGAAGCUGAAGGAGGAGUGGGAGAGAGCGCAGAGAGAAGUGGAAGAGGAGGAGAGGAGACACCAUGAAGAGGAAAGACAGAUACUGGAGGAAACCGUGACCCCACUGACCCCUCACACAUCAGGUUUAUCAUCCAGUAUGGUGACAGAAGCUCCGCCCCCCACCCAGCCCUCGGCCCCAUGUGACACCAUUGUCCUCUCCUUGGCUGACUGGGAAAGGAAACAGGAAGUGCUGGAGAAGCAGGCGGACCAGAGUAACAGACACAGCCCUGAUCAAGUAAACACAGCAGCUCAGCAGAACGGUCAGAGAACUGAGCCUCAGGAGAGCCAAACAGCUACACCACAACUGCAGUUUAUACAGGAUGGCUCUUGGAGCCAUAAGACUAAAGAAAGGCAAGAGGAUUUGAAGAAAACUGCUUCACUGGAUCGUAAACAGAGUCCACCCCAGAGCCAGACCACAAAGAUGAGGAGGACUGGGUCGUGUGAAAAUGUUUUAGGGACACACCCAUCAAAAUCACCCACACCUUCACAAGACACACCACCUCCAUCACCCAGCAGGUCAGUCAGUGGAAAGAAGCUUUGCUCCAGUUGUGCACAUCCGUUGGGUAAAGGAGCAGCCAUGAUCAUUGAAAGCUUGGGGUUGUACUUCCAUAUUCAGUGUUUUAAGUGUGGCAUAUGUAAAGGGUUACUGGGCGACUCAAGUGCUGGAACUGAUGUCAGAAUUCGAAAUGGACUUCUUAAUUGUCAAGAAUGCUACAUAAAAUCAAGGGCUGCUGGCCAGCCAACAACAUUGUGAUGCCUCUGCACAUCUCACACCUGAAAUCUUAAACCAUCCCUGGAACAUAACCAACAACAAAAAUGUUUAUUCAAUGUUUCCAACAGUUUUCCUUACAGCACAAUCAAGCACACAAAUGAUGGCUUUUCCUUCUGGACUAUUUGACUGUUUUUGCACCUUCUUGCUUACACGGUAAAGAAUAUUACAGCGAUUACAGCAGUCUGUUCAUACUGUGACAAUAAGAAGUACUGGUAGCACUUUACCUCACAGUGGCCAUGUUACACACAUUUCAAUAGCGAUAAGGCCUGAAAAUGCUUCACGCAAAUAAAGAUGUGCUUUCUUGCAUUAAUGUGCACUAUCCAACCUCCGUACUAAAGGUGGUGAUCGAGAUAAAUACCUGUGCCAUUAACUCAAAUAAUAUUUAGGUAGCCAAAAGCUACUAAUAUAUACAAUUUAGGGUACUAAUAUGUACCUUAAAAGUACUAAUUUAGAGAGUGCAUAAAUGUUUAUAAAAAUCUAAAACCAAGAUUGCAGAAAUUGCAAGAACUGUUGCAGAUAUUUCAUUUUAUUAGAUGUUUUAGCCAGUGAGAUUUUUGGAUGGCUUUUAUAAGUGUGAAAAUGACACCAUACUUUAGUAUGCACACUACUACUGCGUAGACAGAAACAUCUGCCUUUGUGCACUUGUUUAGAGGAUGUUUUUGGCCUAACAGCACUGACAUGGAAUUCUAAACUUGAACUACUAUUGACUACAUGUUGUUCAAGUACUUUCUUAUGUAAAUGCUUUGUAACAUGGUGCACUGUAAUGUAGAGUGAGACCGAAUCCAUGUCUGUUGUGGAACAUGAGGUAGCACAAGCAUCCAGUUUUCAUUCAAGAACAUGUGCAUCUAUUAUUUUAUGAGUGAUUAAUUAUGUCAGUUUUUGUAAAGGUCUUGCAGGUAUCUCACGUUGUUCUUAUAUGCUCGCCACUAACAGACGAAAGCAUGAUGUUGUGCGACUUUUAGGCCUAUAGAUGAUUUGUCCUGAAGCCUUAACAGACAACACGAAGUGAAUACAGAAAAGAUUGUCCAUCACUUUUAUUUACUUGGAGUGGUUUUGAUUGACAAGUUCUGUUCCUCCAUUAUCCUGUUUGAUCAGUGAGGGUUUGAUACUUUAUUUGUGCAGUAUUGUUUAAAACCAUGGAAACAGCAUGCUGCUUAAGGUAGAUCUUACAUUUCCAUUUCAUUCUUUUUCAAACUUUGUUAUUAAUAUUUACGUUUUUGCUCUGCAGUUGAGUGGUGAGAUUGCAUGAUCUCUGAAACUUUACAUUACAAUGUCCAUGUUACACGUACAUUACAAGCUAACAAAUUAAUAACAUUAACUGCAAAGAAGCUCCACAUAAUCAGAAGUAUAUUAUGUAAUAAACACUGUAAUGUAAAGUGUAAUCCUUUUCUUUUAGCUUUUGAAAUUAUUCCGUUACAAACGGUUUAAUGUGUUCUGUUGCCUUUCUCUCUUCUGCAAUGUUGUGCCUUAGAAAUGCGCUCCUAGAUAAUGUCUAUGUCAGCCACCCUUGCAUCCAAAGCUUCAAGUUACCAAUGUGUAUUGGUGAGAGUAUUAUGCAUAUGCACUGAGCACUCUGCUUUUACCCUUGUACUUUAUUCGAACACCAUGAAUGUGCGAGCAAGAGAUUUAAUAAUGAAACUCACACCCUCUGUAAGUUCUUCACUCAUGUGCAUUUAGACAUGUACAAUUAUUAAAUAUCUAUAUUUAUCUAAAUCAACUGGAAAGGAUUUCAAUCCAAAUCUCACCAAAAUAUCAAACUACAAGGACAGGUUGCAAUUAGCAGCUGCUUUUUAACUUCUGUUUAUGCUUUCUGUUAAUAUUUGAGAUUUAAAGGCAUUGUCAUUUUAGAUCCAGGGGGUUUUGACUGUUGCUUGUAUAUCGUUUGUUUUAUUUUGUGGCAAUGUUAGAAUAUGAACUGACCCAGAAGUAAGGCAAUAAUUACUGGAAAGAGUAGCCAAGGAUGAGUGAGAUGUGUGUGACAAAUACUUUCAUAUUCUGUAUUUAUUUUAAAAAUGAGCGAUAUAAGACAACCUACAAGACGCUGAAAUGCAAUGGCUUUUAUAGCAAGUGUAUGUUUUUAAUAAACUGUAAUAAACUAUUUUAAAUGCACUUGCAUUUGACCCACA